AUGAUGAGUCUGGCUCAAAGUGACGAGGGACAAAGUGGAGAGGAACCACCUGAAGGCGCAUGGAAAGAUGAUAGAAGUGAGGAAGAAGAACGAGUACAACAAGAUGAUUCAUUGGAAAUUAUGGACGACAACUCCACUCGACUCAACAACAACCAAACGAUCUACUCGCCCGAAAACUCUGAGCCAGAAUAUAAAUUCGACAUCCUCGAAACCUAUCUACCACUCUUCAUAUUUGUCCUGGAUCUUCCCACAGAAGACCGUGAAGCGCUUCGAAAUUAUAUGACAGAGAAAACAUACGAAAAGUUGAAGUAUGUAAUUGAUGCAAAAGUGAGAAUGAAUCGAGAAGGCGAGGAAAGUGUUCUGGGAAAGAUCAAUGAGACUCUAGUGCAAUCAAUCAAUAAUUUGGAGAAAUUUGAUGAGGUGACAGUGGACGUUGUUAAUGGUUAUCAUAAUGCCUCUGUCUACAACGCUAUUCGCUCCGUCUGGCUAAAACAACUCCGUCCAUUCCUUCCACUAAUUGACCAAUUGGCCAUUCAGCAAUACUUUGCGCAGAGAAAACUCUCCGAAUCCGAGAAAAUGUCAAUAUGGGCGCGGAUUUGGGAGAACUUGAAUGUUUGGAUGUACGGAAAGAAAAAGUUGAUUGAAUGUUAUGCAAUGGAACCGAAAUGUGUUAGACAUGCGGUCGAGUCACUCAAUUUUGAGCAGAGGAUUGAUUUAGACUUGGCGGCUUAUGAGAACAAGUUUGAUAAUGUCGAUGGGAUUAUUAGGGAGAAGCUAGACGAAAACCGAAAAAGUAACGAAUUGGACGAAUGGCUUCAUCGUAAUCGACCUCCAAUGGCUUUACAAGCUAUUCUAGACGAGCGGAGUGAUAUUGAGGAGGAAGCCCUCCAACGACUUCGCGAUAAUAGAGUAUUAAGCUCAUUGAAACAUUACUAUAAGGCGGUUAUUGAAUCAAGAAGUCAUGAGGAACAGGAGGAAAUCCGUCAUUUCUUCGAAAUCAUGAACGAUACAUUUGCUCGCUGCUUUGACCCGUUACGUGGACAAUACCACGACUUUUAG